CCCAAAACAAAAAGUUAAACCAUGAAACAUGUGCUUUACUUUCAGAAUGAGCCUGUGGACGCACAAGGCAUUCCACGGCUCACUGCUCAAUAAACAGCUUCAUUCGCUGGAGUUUUACUAUACCGCUGCUUUGCCCUAGGCUACCAUUCUCAGCUCCACUAGUUUAAUGAGCUGGUAUGCACCAGAGUGGAAAUCCUUUGCCUUAGGGUGUAGCGAUAUUUAGAUAAUGCAAAGGGAGUUUCCUCUAGCCAUUCCAGCAACACCACUGCCCUGUCUGGGUACAGCACUUCAGCUCUGGGCUGGUCUGAUUUACGGAGUCUUUCUUUACAGACGCAUUCCAAAUGUGCAGUGCAGCAGAACCGCAGGCUUGUAGUCUAGAUCAGACUUGUACAGUAUAUUCCAGCAUUAGAAGCUACGCCCCACAGAAGUAUAAAGGGUUCGCUGUUACUUAGUGCCUUCAGCCACAAUGCAAGUAAGAAACAUUGUGGAAUUAGAAGAGGUUAUUCUGCACAUCGGUCUUUGCUGGAUCGCCACUAGGACAGAAUCGCUGUGUUUUUGAAGGAUUGCACUGUUGUCUACUAUCAUUGAAAGCAUGUGGCUGACCAAGCUUGUAGCCUUCAGCCUCCUGGUUGCAGUGGCAACAGUGGAGCAGAAGAAGCUGAGCCCCCAUGCCAGCACGCUGGCAGACAGCAGUGCGAGGCUGGCCUUCGACCUCUACCACAGCAUGGCCAAGGAGAAGGAUCUGGACAACCUCCUGAUCUCCCCCGUGGUGGUCUCCUCCUCCCUCGGGCUGCUGCACCUCGGGGGCCAGUCCUCCACUGCGGCGCAGGUCAAGAAGGUGCUCCACGUAGACAAGGUGAGCGAUGAGCAGCUCCACGCCGGGCUCUCAGAGCUCCUGAGCGAGGUGAGUAACUCCAGCGCCCGCAAUGUGACGUGGAAGAUCGGGAGCCGGCUCUACGGGCCGAGCGCGGUCACCUUCACAGACGCCUUCGUUCAGAGCAGCAAGAAGCACUACAACUGCGAGCACGCCAAGAUCAACAUGAGAGACAAGCAGGGCGCCGUGAAGGCCCUGAACGAGUGGGCUGCUCACACCACGGACGGGAAGCUGCCGGAGAUCACCAAGGAUGUGGAGGAGACUGACGGAGCCAUCAUUGCAAACGCCAUGUUCUUCAAACCUCACUGGGAUGAGAAGUUUCAUCAUCAGAUGGUGGACAACCGUGUCUUCCUGGUGUCACGCUCCUUUACCGUUUCUGUUCCCAUGAUGCAUCGCACAGGUUUUUAUCGCUUCCACGAGGAUAAGGAAAACAAGCUCUAUGUGCUCAAUAUGCCGCUGGCCCACAAGAAGUCCAGCAUGAUCUUAAUCAUGCCCUUCCAUGUGGAGCCCCUGGAGAGGCUGGAGAAGCUUCUGAGCAGAAAGCAGCUGGACACCUGGAUCAGCAAGCUGGAGGAGACGGCCAUCGCACUGUCUCUGCCCAAAGUCGGCAUGGAAGUGAGCCACAAACUGCAGAAACACCUCGGGGAGCUGGGGCUGACUGAGGCACUGGACAAAAGCAAGGCAGACCUGUCCAAGGUCUCUGGGAAGAAGGGUCUGUACGUGUCCAACGUCUUCCACGCCUCAGCCCUGGAGUGGGACACAGACGGAAACCCAUUUGACACCAGUAUCUUUGGGUCUGAGAAGAUGAAGAACCCCAGACUCUUCUACGCAGACCAUCCCUUCAUCUUCCUCGUAAAGGACAAUGAAAGCAACUCCAUUCUGUUCAUAGGCAGGCUUGUGAGACCUAAAGGGGAGAAAAUGAGAGAUGAAUUGUAGUUGUUGAGACGAGAUAGGUGGCUUUAUUUUUUAAGUAAGUAUGAAAGUUUGGUCAUGCUGGUUUUGCUGGGUGAAAAUGCAACAUGUUUCUUACCUCAUAUAACCAUUCCAAAAAUAAUUUCAAAAACAAACUCUGGAUUUGUAGCUGGUGGACCUACAUUGACCAUUUUUAUACAAAUGAAUACGUGUCUUUUAUAGAAAACAACUGAAAACACUCAAAUGUCAAUUCUGAAGAAAUCCAAGUCAAGCAGACCAUCCGUUUGUGUCUUCAGUGCUCCUCACAGGAGGGUCUGUGCAAUCGAUCUAAACAGGGCAGGCCCUCAAUGCGACUGCCAUUCACUAACAUAAAAAAACUUCUCCUAUAGUUUAUUUCGUUGUUAUGUUGGAACAGAAAGGAGCGCAUUAAGCAGGCUCACUUGCACUGGUAGUUUUAUUAGUCAUCUCUGAAGAGCUCUUUCUGAAUUAUUUGUGUUGUGGUGGUAUUAUGAUAGGACUCCACUGAUUCAGAUAUUUGCCUGCUUGAAUUCUUAUGAUUUUUUUUUAUUUAACAUUUCAGAUAAUCAAGACCUGGAUUAAAUCAAAUUUAAGGCAAUGCCAUAGCAAUUAUAAAGUACAGCAAAGGGGGCUCCAUAAAGUUUGAUUUCAUUGAAUAGAAGCGUCUGGAUGGGGUUGUUUUUCACACUCUGUAUUACUGAAGGCAGGGGUCUGCUUAUAUGAAGUAUGCUGUGAUUGUUUCACUUGGAUAUUUUGGAUACUUUGGGUGCUGUAAUUACCACAGCUCUGCACUGAAGACUGGUCCUGAGCACCAGCGGCCUCUGGAUAGGAGGCAAUCGCUCCCACAUUCACUUAGACGUUUCUUCUUUGUUCUUUCUUCACCAGUUGCUUCCUUGUCUUCUGUUAGGGCAUGCAUGUUGCCACAAACUGUUUGGACUGAUCUGAUACUCUCUGACUGGUAUACUUUUUUUUUUUCAAUAAAAAUAAUGAAAUUAAA